AUGGAGGAACGUGCUCGAUGGAUUGCAUGGACACGAGCGGAGUCAACCAAAAAGUAUAACUGUCUUUCUGUGAUUGUGACGUCUCAAAGGGCUAACAAAUUAAACAACAGCUUGAUCAUCGGCCUGGUUUUGCACGAUUCAUGGCUGUCAGAGAUCUUUUCUUUGAGUCCUGUAAUUGAGACUGAUAAACUUAUUCUUUCAUUGCCGUUCGAAAACGACCUCUACCAAGCCCCAACACCGCAGAAAUGGUCUCAACUGCUCACUGGUAUUCCUCACGCAAACCAAAGGCUUGAGUUAUCAUCUUAUCACUUCCAUCUACCUAAUCUAGAAGAGCCCACACAUGUGUUCUCUAUGUAUGGAUUGCUCUGCUCUGUCCUCCUACGCGUCUCCACGGACACUCGCCGAUUGAUUCUUAGUUCGGAUUUGGUUCCAGCCGAGCAACAUCAGUAUGUUCCAUGGAACAUUUGUCGCCUUGAUAAACGAGCCAGUAUUGUUACCCCGCUUCUCAUUAGUUUGGUUCAAUUAUACGAAAGGAUUCUCCGUGAUACCAACCCAAACUGCAUUGUGAUCUGGCAUAGUGCCUGUAUGCUGAUCACCACUGAUAUCAAUAUCAUUUCCCGCGCUGCUGGUCGCGAUGGCCCGGAAUCCAUGUCUGAUGCUCGUCGAGAUCUUUCCUGCUGGACAUACACUCCUGCUGCACGGAGAGCAUGUCUUCAUGCAGCCCAAACAUUCCGGACUUUGUCCCACCGAAAACCAACAGAUGGGACUGCAUUUCAAUCCGUACGAACUUUGUUCAUGUCUGCCCUGAUUCUCGGAUUUUACCUCCUGGCGAGUCCUGAGAAUCCCUGCGAGGAACACGCAAGUAACUGGGACCAAUUUGAUCUUGCUAAUUCGGUUGUUGACUGGAAGGCUAUUGGCGAUGAAGGAAUAUCAAAUAAUGACCCAUCAAGAAUGGGGUCAGAUAAUCCAGCGAAAUCGGAAGAUGCCGCCAUACAAUUCAUUCGGUUUGGGGGACCAAUUCUGAUUGACGGAAAGAAAUAUGAAUACGGCGCCCGAUAUGCCCAGCAAAUAUUAUUGGAGUUUGCAGGUCUGUUGGACGAAGUGGGGACCCACUGGAUGGCAAACUAUUCUCGGCUUCUCUACAUGGUGCAUGACACAAUGGCUAUACCAGCACCAUAUCCCCCGGAUCUUAGAUGA